UUCGUCAGUUAUUUCUUGCGUUUUCGCUCGGAUAUUUGUAUUUUUCAUCGAUUUUUCUUGGAAUUUUGGAGCACAAAUCGCCAUGGGAGCCGAUGGAGGAACUAUUCCAAAGCGUUGCGAACUGGUCAAGGAGAGAAAGAAGAAGGAAAAGCUCGACAAACACGUGAAAAACGCCACAAAAUGGAGAAACUGUCAACUAACACAGCUUCCACUGAAAAGACCAGUGAUUGCUUGUCGAUUUGGAAAGCUUUACAACAAGGAAGAUGUGAUCAACUCGAUUUUGAGCAAAACUAUCUCGAAAUCAGCUUCAGCUUCUCAUAUCAAAGGCCCAAAGGAUUUUGUAGAGCUUAAGCUCACUUUGAAUAAAGAUUUCAAGCGUGGAGAUGUGAAAGGAGACGAUUAUAAUGAUGUGAAUCAAACUGAAUUCAUUUGCCCAAUCACAAAUGUUCCAAUGAACGGAAUUCAAAGUUUCUUAGUUAAUUGGCAGUGUGGAUGUGUGUAUUCAGAGAAAGCUCAACAAGAAGUUAAAUCCUCAAAUUGUCAUGUUUGUGGAGGACCUUAUGAUGCCACAAAAAUGGUGAUUUUGAAUCCGGAGCCGGAGCAAUUAGAGCUCUACAAGCUGAAAUGGGAGGCUGAGAAAGCUGAAAAAGCGGCGGCGAAGAAGGAUAAAGCAAAGAAAACAGCUGAGAAGAUGGAGGCUGCCGCUAGUUUGGCUGCUGGAUCAGGAGGAGAAGCUUCAAGUGUUGCUCCAGGGCCAAGUGGCUCCGGAGUUGGAAAGCAUGUGGAUCUCAAGAAAAAGCUGGAAAUCGCAAAGCUCACCGGUGGCUCGACAUCAGAAAAGAAAGCUGAAAAACGAAAAGCAAAUACGGAUAUUCAAUCGGAUCCUACCACUUCAGACACUUAUAAGAAGCUGUUUACAACAUGUGAAGCUGCAAAAAAUAAGACUGAAGGACAUUGGGUCACUUAUAAUCCACUUUAUUAUUGAUUUUUCUCACAUUUUUUUUGCUCGAAAUUUUAAAUUUUCCGUUUUUCUUUUACCUUUUCUGUACAUUUUGUACAUUUACUCCAUGAUUUUUGUUCAAUUUCUCGCUAAUAAUAAUCAUUCCAAGAAUUUUUGA